UCCGAGGACGCCGACAAGAUCAAGUACUACUUCAACUACGACAUGAUCGGAUCCCCCAACCCCAUCUACGAGCUGGCCUCCUACAAUAAUAGCGGUAUCGGUCCCCAGCUUAUCGCCGACUACCUCGAGGCCAAUGGCAAGGAGACCAUCUACGCCGAGUUUGACGGACGCUCUGACUACGCCGGCUUCGUCGAGCUCGGCAUCCCGGUCGCGUCCAUCUUCACUGGUGAGGGCGAGAACGACCCUUGCUACCACCAGGCCUGCGACACGAUUGACAACAUCAACUGGGAUGCCAUUACUGUCAACACCAAGGCUGCUGGCCGCGCUCUUGCUACCCUUGCCAACUCGCUUGAGGGUGUCCCCCCUCGCGCUAACACUACCCCCAUCCUCCGCGGCCGCGCUGGUGUUCUCCAGCAGAUGCGUCGCUGGAAGGCUCUGGCUGAGCACACCAGCCACGGCAAGACGUGCUCUCACAAUGAUGAGAAGAAGAUCUACUAA